UGUUCCAGAGACCACACCUGCAUGAGAGAGAGAGAAAUACACAUCCACGUUAACCUGCACACCAUCACCAUUAAGAACAGCCCUGUUCACCGCUUUCAUUCCACCUGCACUCCUGAAUCAGGAAACAAAAUGAAGGACUGGCGCUGGCUUCCUUUAGAAAGAGUAAUCUACCCCACGGUGGAGCACCCCAUGUCCAAGAUGUCCCAGUCCUCCACCAGUGAUGAGGGUACGACAUUUGAGCACCUGUGGAGCAGCCUGGAACCAGACAGCACGUAUUUCGAACUCCCUCAGACCAGUCAUCCAGAGAGGGGUGCUUCUAGUGCCAUGCCCAACAACCGGGCAGAAGUGUGUAUGGACGUCUAUCAGAUGAGAGAUCUGAAUGACAACGUCAUGCAGUCUCAGUAUAGCUUGCUGAGCAGCAGUAUGGAGCAGGGAUUGGGGAACCGUGCGGCGUCCACCAGCCCCUACAGCUCCGAGACCGCCUCCAACGUGCCCACACCGUCGUCCUAUUCGCAGCCCAACUCCACCUUCGAGGCCAUGUCUCCGGCCCCAGCCAUCCCCUCCAACACUGACUACCCCGGGCCGCACGGCUUCGACGUCACCUUCCAGCAGUCCAGCACCGCCAAGUCAGCCACAUGGACGUAUUCGCCAUUGCUGAAGAAGCUUUACUGUCAGAUAGCCAAGACCUGUCCGAUUCAGGUGAAGCUGGCCUCGACUCCCCCGCACGGCAGCGUGGUACGAGCCAUGCCCAUCUACAAGAAGGCUGAGCACGUGACCGAAGUGGUGAAGCGCUGCCCCAACCAUGAGCUUGGACGUGACUUCAACGAGAGUCAGUCAGCUCCAGCUAGCCAUUUAAUAAGAGUAGAAGGCAAUAACUUGUGUCAGUAUGUAGACGACCCAGUAACAGGCAGACAGAGUGUGCUCGUACCGUACGAAGCCCCGCAGGUUGGGACAGAAUUCACGACAAUUUUGUAUAAUUUCAUGUGUAACAGUAGCUGUGUUGGUGGAAUGAACCGCAGACCCAUUCUCAUCAUCAUUACUCUGGAGACAAGAGAUGGUCAGGUGCUGGGUCGGCGCUCUUUCGAAGGCCGGAUAUGUGCAUGUCCAGGUCGAGACCGCAAAGCAGACGAGGAUCACUUCAGAGAACAGCAGGCGCUGAACGAGAGCGUGGCCAAAAACGGAAACGCUAAUAAGCGCAAUUUCAGACAGACGCCUCCAAACAUCACCGGGCCUCCACUCAACAUCAAGAAGAGGAGACAUGGAGAUGAGGAGAUGUACUACAUCCCAGUACGAGGCAGGGAGAACUUUGACAUCCUCAUGAAGAUAAAGGACAGUUUAGAGUUAGUGGAGCUGGUGCCACAGCAAAUAGUCGACUCCUACAGGCAACAGCAACAGCAGCUACUGCACAGACACGGUCACGUGACUUCUCCGUCGCCCUAUGCAACACCGCUGAGCAACAUGAACAAGGUCCACAGCAACAUCAACAAACUUCCUUCAGUUAACCAGAUAGUGGCACAUCAGAGUCAUCAGAACGCAGGACCGUCCGCCAGCAUGGUGCACAUGGGUGCGAACAUGCUGGGAGGCCACCACAUGCAGUCGAACGGUGACGUGAACGGGGCACACACGGCGCAGUCGAUGGUGUCGGCGUCUCACUGCACCCCGCCUCCUCCCUACAACCCUGACCCCAGCCUCAUCAGCUUCUUAACCAGCCUGGGCUGCCAAAACUGCAUCGACUACUUCACAUCGCAGGGCCUCCAGAGUGUGUACCACCUGCAAACCCUCUCCAUGGAGGAUCUUGGAGCUCUUAAGAUCCCAGAGCAGUUCCGUCUGGCCAUCUGGAGAGGCCUCCAGGACAUGAAGCAGGGCCAUGAUUACGGACAGCAGCUCAUUCGCUCCAGCAGUAACAUGGCCACCAUGGCAAUCGGGCCUGGAGGUGAACUGCAGCGGCAGCGUGUCAUGGAGGCAGUGCACUUUCGUGUGCGCCACACCAUCACCAUCCCCAACCGCAGCAACACAGCCGGAGCAGACGAGUGGCCCGACUUCGGCUUCGACAUGCCCGACUGCAAGACUCGGAAAAACUCCAUUAAGGAAGAGUUUGCUGAGAGCGACAUGCACUGAGAUGUCUUCAUAACGCUCUCUCAGAGACCCUGCCAGUUUUGCUGCUUUACUUUUUUCUGGUCAUUUCUUUCUUUCUUUCUUUCUUUCUGAAAUGUACAGUUCUAUCUUGGUAUCUUUUUUUUUUUUUUAAGAAGUUCCUUUCAAACCUUUUUUCUUCCUUUUUCUAACAUGUAAAUGCGACAGGAAACUCCUCCCAGAAUUUUUGUUAAUGUAUAACUUGCAUUUUUAUAAAUGAUAUCAUCUACACUGUACAGAGUAACUCACGUUAAGGGACACAGUAAAUAUGUUAGGACUGUAUUAUAACAAGAACAGAGCUCAGUGAAUGUAGACAACCUUAACAAAAUUACAAUUACAACAAAACCACAGGAAGAGCUUUUUUUUGUUUGUUUGUUUGUUUGUAUAGCAUCAUGUUAUGUCUAGAUUUUGAAUGUUUUUCUAUGUGCAGUGGAAAGAAAUCCUCACAGUAAUUUAAUCAUACCUUAGAUUAGGAAGGAAUUUAAAGGGCUCCUUAGUAAGAUACAUUUGACAAUAGUGACUCUAUAACAGUGUCAUAUUAAAUCUUUCAUUUCUUAAGUAUUUGAAACACAAUCUGUCAGUAAAAUGAGGCGACUAUCAGACGUCCAGCUCUGUUUAGCUUCAUGUCAAGAUAAUAAAUUGUAAAACUUUGUAAAGGAAAUCAGAUCGGUCUCAUAUCAAACCUAGUAUUAGUGAGUGUUAUGUUGUUUACUUGGCAUAAAAUGUACAUUGCGAGACACUGGAGCAUUACAUGAGUUAGCUUUUGCUAAAGCGUUAACUCUUGAUAAGAAAAUAUCCCUGUAUUGUGUGGUAUUAGCCUUGCAGGACAAGGUUUUAUUUAUCAUGCCAAACCAUUUCUCCAUCGUUUAAACUCGAAUUCAUUUUAAUUGGCUGAAACUAUUGAAAAUAUUUUUUCACCAGAACGGCGAAAUGGCAUGGUUUGUGUUUUUGUUCCUAACACUGCGGCAAACAGAAUUAUUGUAAUGUUAAUGUACUGCUUCCAUUAGAUGAACACAGAAUAAGAUCCUUCUUAACUGUGCAGUUUUAAGAAAUAUUUUUAGAGGUUUUGCUACAGUACCUGAAUAAUUAAAUCGCUGCACUGCCGCUGCAGUGUUACAUCAUUUAACACCGCCUUGUUUGUAAAUGUAUAGUAUUAAGUAGAUCUCGUGAUACUGGAUUGUCAUUUUUUUCUUACUCUUUCACCUUAUUGUAUAUACGUUUGGUUACAAACAGGCAGUUGUGAGACAUUUUCAAAUCGCAUUUACUUUCUCCUCGAGAAUGUAACCAACUAAAUGCACAUACGCAUUGUAAAGUAAAGUAAAGACUGAAAAAGAAGCUUCACAAAUCUGAUCAAAUCUCAGUUAAUAUUCAUCAGUUAUCCUGUUUCACUAACGCCUGAGUGCUCAAGGCUUUUGCAGUCGGCGCUAACUAAUCUCCACUUCAGAAAGCACUUUAUUGCUUUUGUAUAUUGUAAACACUGUAAUAUUUUGAUUGUGAUCAGUAUUAUGUCAGGAUAUUCAUACAAGAUUUUAUGAAUGGUUUAAAGUUGAGAUCUUUAAAAAAAUAAAGAAUUUUUUUUUUGUUCA